GAGGAAUUCCAGCGCCAGAACUUAAGCACACUGACGGAGAGGGAGAUGGGGCAAAGUGACUGGUAGUGGAGGUGGGAUGUGGUGACGAUCGACCCAAAGGGAAAAGUUGGUGAGCCGCAAUAGUCCCCCGAGGCGGCACGAGGAAGCUUCACCACCUUCCCGAUCUUUCUCGACCUCUUCCCAGCAUCUUCCGCCCAGCACCACCACGCGUCUAUUUCCCGCCAACUGAGCGUGAGGCCCGUCUUCUUCCUGCGGUCCCUGCUUUCGCCCCUCGAAUCCCUACCUAUUCCUCACAUUCAGUUAUCACUAUGACCGGUCGUGGAGGCGGUGGAGCCGCUCGCAAGACGUUGCUUGCGCCGAUUCAUUUCAUCUUCAAGCUCCUCCAGCAACGGUCUACAGUUUCCAUCUGGCUAUAUGAGCAGCUCGCAUUUCGCAUAGAAGGAAAAAUCAGGGGGUUCGAUGAAUUCAUGAACCUUGUCAUUGACGAUGCAGUCGAGGUUCGCAUGGCGACCAAGUCUGAGGAGGAGAAGCGGAGACCUUUAGGCCAGAUACUGCUUAAGGGCGACAACGUCUCUCUGAUUCAAUCCGUGCAGUGAGUUAAACGGGGCGUUUAAGGGAUUUCGAAAGACAGGAAAAGGGAAAAAUCUUUUAUCGCCGACUUCGUGCCGUGAUACGACAUUGUUUGCAUUUCUUAAUCACUUUUUACGGGUUGUCGCUGGAGUACACUUAUUUGCAUAUGUUUGUCGCAAUAGAUGAAAACAUGGACAUGAAAGGGCUCGCUUUCUCUGAAUAUCCGAUCAGUAUUGGCGGACGAGGCACCGGUCAUCGCCGACCAUGAGGACGUCUACUGGCCAGUCAUGAUCCGCGACGGGGAUCUCCUCGGUGGGAGCAAGCAUCUGCUCUUUGAGAGACAGCGCGAC